AUGCCUCGUGAGUUGACCAAUGAUCAAACGGCCAAGCGACGACGCGCUUCAGAAAAGCUUCUGCAACAAAGCAAAAACGACGAUGUUAUAAGCAGGAUUUUUACGGUUGAAGUGGAUCUCUUUAACAAUAAUAGAAGAAGAUCAAGUUGGUUUAAGCGUGGUGCCGCUCCAAAGCACGUCACAACUCUAAGGAUUGCGCAGAAAGAAGCUGAUUGUAACUGCCUGGUGGUUUAG